UGACGUCUACCCAACCAAGCCCACGACGCUACCCCUUGCACAAGAUAUCACCCCUGAAAAAAGAGAGGAAAAACCAGAGAGGUCAGAGGAUAUACGAUCUCACGGCCAAAACCCUCGUCCGCCACGUUCACAAAUUCCGGCGAUCUCUAGCACAUGGCGACGGGCCAGGCCGAUCUCAUCAGCAACCUCCCCGACGACGUGCUUGGCACCAUCGUCUCCCUUCUUCACACGAGGGACGGCUGCCGCACGCAGGCGCUCUCCCGCCGAUGGCGCCCCAUCUGGCGUGCGGCGCCGCUCAACCUCGAGGGCGGCGGCUAUCGGUUGCCCGAGCAGACCGUCUCCGACAUCCUGUCCGGCCACUUAGGUCCUGUACGCCGCAUCUUCAUCUUUAUGAUCAAAUCCCUCCCCCGCCGCUACGACCUCCGCACGGGGCACCUGACCGUCAACAACGCCGGCGAUGGCAGGGUCGACAGCUGGCUGGGCUCCCGGGGCCUCGCCCACCUCGAGGAGCUCCGGCUCAGCUACGAAUACAACACUCACAACAAUACCCUGCCACCGUCCGUGUUCAGCUCCGCGCCCGCACUCCGCGUGGCCUCUUUCGGCCGCUCCCGUCUGCCGCCCAACCUGGCCGUGGACUUCCCGCUCCUCCAGCAGCUCACGCUGUGGAUGGUCACCCUAACGGAGGAGGCUCUGAACGCCGUGCUCGCCGGCUGCCCCGCGUUGGAGAGCCUUGUGAUGACCGAGAUUAUGGGCGUUGUCUGCCUCCGCAUCAGGUCCCCAACUCUCAGGAGCAUCUGCUUCCGUCAUUCUAGCCAUGUGACUCCCCAAGAACUGGUCAUCGAGGACGCCUCUUGCCUAGAGAGGGCAAAAUUGCAGCCAUUUGGCACAGAUAAUAGUGUGGUGACCUUCCGGGUAAUCCAUGCUCCUAAAUUGGAGAUAUUUUCUCAGCUAAUGAACACAGUUAGGUUGACAACCACAAUGCACACGGUGAAGAUUUUAGAACUUAAAGGUGUCGGUCAUGAUCUGGACCCGGUGCUUGACUUAAGCUUCCUCAAAUUCUUCCCCUGCUUGGAGAGGCUUUAUAUUUGUUUAAACUCAGAGAGAUGGUUCUCUCAUCCAUUAUCUAAAAAUGUGAGGAUGUAUGUCUCACUAGAUGAUCCAAUUGAAUGUCUUGAGCACCGAUUAAAAAAAGUGGCAUUGAAGAUCUACAAUGGGAAAGGUCCAAUAGUUGACUUUGCGAGAUUCUUAAUUUUGAACGCCAAAGUGCUAGAGAGAAUGGAAAUUGGACUCGAUGGCAACCACGACGAUGAAUGGAUGGCUAAUGAAAAAAGAAAGCUACGAGUUGAAGAUAGAGCUUCCCAGGAUGCUGAGUUUGAAUUCAAAAUGUCUUCUUCGAGCUUCUUGGCACAUAUGGGAAUGAAUUUCCAUUAUAUGUCGAUGAUGGAUCCGUUUUACACGUUCUUUGAUGGAUAUGUUGCACGUUGAGAAGUGUAAUCUAUUUUAAUGCAACAAUAAGAAGGACGAUUUUGCAGAACACUCAUCAGGAUGUGUAGAAGGACCACAAGGUUUGAAUCAAGAAUUUGCGAAGGUGUUGUGUAGAGAGGAAAUAUAAAAGACUUUCCCUAUUA